GCCAGUUUAUUACAAUGCUCACUUGUCAAGUUGUCAUCUCAUCAAUAUCAACAUAUAUAUAUUCACUUACGAAUCAUUACUGAACUCUAAACACAAACCAACUUCUUUUCUUGAUUACUAGCUAGCGUCGGGAUUUUUACUCAUACUUGAACUACACCUGAUUCUGGUCUCAUUUUACAGAGGUACUGGAGCGUGCGGGCUGGAUGUUUGGACCAUUUGGUGACAUGGGAAGUCUGGUUUUGUCUCGGUUGAUCAUCUGUCUAGUGCUUCUGAGUGUCUCGAAAGCUGAGGAUCCUUACAGAUAUUUUACAUGGACUGUCACUUAUGGAACUGCUUCUCCUCUUGGUGUGCCUCAACAGGUAAUCCUAAUCAAUGGACAAUUUCCUGGACCUAGACUUGAUGUUGUCACUAAUGAUAACAUUAUCCUCAACCUCUUCAAUCAGCUGGACCAGCCGUUUCUUCUUACAUGGAAUGGAAUCAAACAGCGGAAGAACUCUUGGCAGGAUGGAGUUCUGGGGACAAAUUGCCCUAUUCCCCCUAAUUCUAAUUAUACAUACAAGUUUCAGACCAAAGAUCAGAUUGGAGGCUACACAUAUUUUCCAUCAACUUUAAUGCAUAAAGCUGCUGGAGGAUUUGGAGCACUGAAUGUCUAUGCCAGACCUAGAAUCCCAGUCCCGUAUUCAUUACCUGCUGGAGAUUUUAGUUUACUUAUUGGUGAUUGGCGCACAAGCAGUCAUAAGGGACUAGUACAUUAUCUGGAUUCAGGGAAAUCUCUUACAUUUCCUGAUGGUGUGCUUAUAAAUGGAAGAACUCAGUCUUCUUACAGUGGCGAUCAAGGUAAGACCUACUUAUUUCGGAUAUCAAAUGUGGGCUUGUCUACCUCCUUGAACUUCAGGAUACAAGGACACAAGCUGAAGCUGGUUGAGGUUGAAGGAUCCCACACUGUCCAGAACAUAUAUGAUUCUCUUGAUGUGCAUGUUGGCCAAUCCGUGUCUGUCCUAGUUACUUUAGAUCAAGCACCGAAAGACUACUAUAUUGUUGCAUCAACACGAUUUACAGGGCGUGUUCUUACUGGUACUGCAUUACUGCAUUACACAAAUUCACAGACUCCAGUUUCUGGACCUUUGCCGGCUGGCCCGACUUACCAUAUCCACUGGUCUAUGAAGCAAGCCAGAACCUUCAGGUGGAAUUUAACAUCAAAUGCAGCCCGUCCAAAUCCUCAGGGUUCAUACCAUUAUGGAAGAAUUAGAACAUCAAGAACAAUUGUAUUGGCCAACUCAGCCCCUCUAAUAAAUGGCAAGCAAAGAUACGCUGUCAACAGAGUAUCUUACAUCAAUGCAGAUACUCCAUUGAAACUUGCAGAUUACUUUGAAAUACCAGGAGUAUACAGUAUGGAUUCUAUUCAGGGCAUCCCAUAUGAGGGCCCUGCAUAUGUCGCUACAUCAGUGAUGCCCGCUACUCAUCAUGAAUUUGUUGAAGUAGUUUUUCAGAACAAUGAGAAAGCCAUGCAGUCUUGGCAUCUUGAUGGUUAUGAUUUUUGGGUUGUCGGCUACGGCUUCGGACAAUGGACAGAAGCUAGCAGACACAGCUACAAUUUAGUGGAUGCUCUUACAAGACACACUGUCCAGGUAUAUCCCAAGUCCUGGAGUUCUAUAUUAGUGUCUUUAGACAAUCAGGGCAUGUGGAAUCUGAGGUCUGCGAUAUGGGAACGCCAGUAUCUUGGACAACAAUUCUAUCUUAGAGUUUACAAUCCUGUGAAAAGCUUCCAGAAUGAGUAUGGCAUGCCCCGAAAUGCUUUACUUUGUGGAAAAGCUUUUGGCAGACGUCCAUAGUGCAAAAAUCCAUUGCGCAUUGUGAAAUCUGGUUGUCAGAGGUAAUUGAACUUUGAAGAUGAAUACAAGAGAGAUAAGGCCUGGCUUCGUCGUCUGUAUAUCAAAAAAAUUAGAUAACUUAUGAGUUACUAUCCAUCAUCAGAAUUCUUGAUCGCAUUCAGUUGUGGAUUUAGCUAUGUAUAAAUUAUAAUUAUAUUCUUUACAAGCAGGCUUGCCAUAAAUCAUGAUAUUGUGAUUACAUAUA